UGCAAUUCGUCCCAGUCACGGAUCCUAGAGGUAUCCUAGCGUGGACAAGGUCUUGGGUCUAGAGGAGAGAGGGAUAUAUAUUUGGUUCCUUUCCUCUCCCCGUGUCUCCGAGCUUAUUUAUGACUCUGCCCACAUUCGGUCUUUAUUUGGAGCUGUUGCUGUUUUCGCUCGGUACCAAUCUAGGUACCUUCAUUUUGCUUCUUUUUGAUCUCUCCCCCAGAAUACUCCUUUUUUUUUUUUUAGGUUGACUCGGAACAACAAAGCUGGAAACGCCUUGAUAUCCCAACCACCCCAAAACACCAUCGCAAUGGCGUCUUCCAACGGAGAAGUCCAUGGCAACGGAACUAUACUCUACGAACUCGGUCGCAACCGGAGAACCCGUUUGCGGCUCUGAUCCCCGACCAGGAGAUCGCUAUCAUCCCAUCCUUCACACUCGAGUCUGGGGUGACACUGCGCAAUGUCCCUGUGGCAUACACCCGUCGGGGCGAGCUGUCGCCUACCGGGGACAACGCCAUGGUCGUCUGUCAUGCCUUGACUGGCAGCGCCGACGUGGCUGACUGGUGGGGUCCGCUCCUUGGUGGCUCCGGCCGCGCGUUCGAUGCGACCCGGUUCUUCAUUGUGUGCAUGAAUAGCCUGGGGAGCCCGUACGGCACGGCCAGUCCCGUAACCGCCAAGGACGGCGACCCCAGCAAGGGCCAGUAUGGCCCGGAGUUCCCGGUCACCACGAUCCGUGAUGAUGUGAAGCUUCACAAGCUUCUCCUGGAUGAACUCGGCGUUCGUCAGGUGGCUGCUGUGGUUGGCGGCUCUCUCGGUGGCAUGUUUGUGCUCGAGUGGGCCUAUUUCGGCAAGGAAUACGUCCGUUGCAUUGUCCCCAUCGCCACCUCGAGCCGCCAUAGUGCAUGGGGGAUUAGCUGGGGCGAGGCACAGCGUCAGAGUAUUUACGCAGACCCAAAGUACAAUGACGGGUACUACCCCUUCUACGAUCAGCCAGCCAAGGGACUGGGCGCUGCCAGGAUGUCGGCCCUGCUCACCUACCGCAGCCGCAACUCAUUCGAGGCUCGUUUUGGCCGCAACAUCCCCGACCCAUCCCGUCGCCAGACCAUCAGAGAGUGCCCGCGCCCCGGCACGCCGUCAGAGGCCCACUUCCGUGUGCACAACGACGGCCACAACAUCUCCAGCACGGGCCUGUCCCGGCACAAUAGCAACCAGGGGAUCGCGGGCGGUAAAGAGAACAAUACUAGUCCGGACGGUAGGAAUGGUAAGGCUGAGGGUGUGGAUAGUGAGCGAGGCGCCGCGGAAGCCCCCGAUCCGCAGUUCCACGGCCCAGAGAAGGUGAAGAAGGAGAGCCUGACGGGCGGGGACGCCCAAGUCCCCACGUCGACCUACUUCUCGGUGCAGUCGUACCUCCGGUACCAAGGCGAGAAGUUCGUGAAGCGGUUUGAUAGCAACUGCUACAUCGCCAUGACGCGCAAGCUGGACACGCACGACGUUUCGCGCGACCGGACCGACUCCAUCGCCGAGGCUCUGGCCGCCAUCGAGCAGCCAACGCUCGUGCUGGGCAUCGAGAGCGACGGGCUCUUCACAUUUGCCGAGCAAGAAGAGCUUGCCGAGCACAUACCCAACGCCCGCCUCGAGCGCAUCGACAGCCCCGAGGGCCACGACGCCUUUCUGCUCCAGUUCGAGCAGGUCAACCGCUACACCCUCGAGUUCCUGCACGAGGUGCUGCCCGACAUCAUGGGCAAGGAUGGCGGCGGCGCCGCGGCUGAGAGCUCGGUCGGACAUCUGACCAAGUCCAGCACAUUUGGCGAGGCCGAAGUUGAUGACAUCACGGCGUGGUGAGCGCACCGAGUGGGGUUUUGCAUGCCGGCGGUGUGAUCGAAUACAAAGAUAGACCUUUGUGAUUAGAAAGCAAAAUUAUAUUCGUUUGCAGUUGACAUCAGUUCAAAACCGA